AUGGUUUACUGCGGAGGCCAAUCAAAUCACCCUCGUCUCGCUCCCCUUUGGAGCCCGGUUCCUUCGACAGACGCUUUUAGUAGCACUAAGGACUCGCAAUCAUAUAUGUGCGAUGCCACUCAUCCUCCUAUCGACUCUCUCCGAAGUCCAGUUCCUUUGCUAGGCGAUAGUAUGUGCAAUGCUACUCAGGCUCGACUCGACUCCCUACAAAGUCCAGUCCCUUCACUAGACAUGUUUGGCAUUCCUCCGAGCCCGCAAUCACAUAUGUGCAAUGUCACCGACUCAAUUUCCCAAACUAAAUGGAUCAAACCCACCUCGAAGUCUCAUGACCUCCCGAAGAUAGGAAGUUUUACACAGCACGAAUGUUUCGAAAAUAUCCUAGGUCAAGAGGAGCACUGCCUUUAUGUCAACAGCAAUUUCUCUUCCGGAAGAGGAAUGUCCAUCUUUACCCGCCCAUCAAUCCUCAAAGAAGACUUUUCUCAGCUCCCGAUCUUCAAAUCGGAUUCUUUCGUGGUCACACAAGCAGAACGCCGAUCAGUGCCCUUCAAUGUUACCCCGAUUGCCGGGAAGGGCAUUGGUGCCCUUGCUACUCGUCAAAUUUCCAAAGGCGAAGUGAUCAUUUCAGAUCAUGCUGCCACUGUCAUCAUCGUGGAAUUCUCAGCUAUUCACCAUCCUAGCUUUGGUGAUAUCUGUGUCUCAGCGUUUGAUCUGUUGCCGUCGCCUACUGGGUCACUCCUCAUGAAAUUGGACGCAGCCGGUCAUACAAGAGUAGAACGUGUUCAUACUGCCAUCGCACGCAAUGCAUUUGAAACCCCGCACGGUAGCGAGGAGGUACUUCACUAUGCAGUGGUACCAGAACCUUCAGUAUUCAAUCAUGAAUGUCGCCCCAAUUCGGCCUUCUUCUUCGAUAAGAAAACCUUGCGAGUUUACAUAAACGCCGUUCGGGACAUCGCUAUGGGUGAAGAGAUCACCAUCGCAUAUCGUGAUAUGAAAGCUUCCAGAGCGGAGCGACAAGCCUCGAUCGCACACUACGGCUUCCAAUGCAAAUGUAGUCACUGUAGCAUGUCGGCUGAAGAGUCUAAAGCGUCCGAUGAGCGCAUCCAAGAAAUAGACACCAUCCUUGACCAUUUAGCAGACUAUAGCGACAAAUCAAAAGCCAAUCUAGAUAUGGCAGAUAGAUUGAUUCAACUCUACCGCGAGGAACGGUUUGACGGCCGAAUGGCAGAACCCUACACACUUGCCACAAUGGCAUAUAAUUCGUUUGGAGAGAUAGACGAAGUCAAGAAGUUGGCCACGUUAGCUCGUGCCGCUGGAAUCCUAUUCGCUGGACCUGCUUGGGCUGAGUUAUCAGCAAUUGAGGAGAUGCAGGAAGACCCCAAGUCACAUUGGAGUUAUAACGUACGUCAAGGCAUGCGUUCAAGGCAGACAACGAAUGAAUAA